AUGGUUUCGCCCAAGACGGCGGCGGCCAAAGCUGAUUCCGUUGCGACGGCCGCGGAUUCACUGCUGGUAGUCUCCUGGAACUCAGCUGGCUUCUCAAGGACCCACAGCCUCAUACAGGCCCACUUCGGCAGCCUAGAUGCGUUCCUGGAUAGCCAUCAGGCUGACAUAUUUUGUGUCCAGGAGACUCGCAUCAACGCAAGUCAGCUGAAGAGUCUGGCAGACUGCCAGCAGCUGGGCGCCAUCUCUGCCAAGGGCCGCUACAAGAGCUUCUGGGCUUUUAAUGAAGCCGGGCAGUACAACGGCACUGCGACAUGGAUUCGGAAGGACCUUGCGCCGCAUGCGCGAGCCACUCAAGCAGUGUUGCGUGAUGACAUGGACAGAGACGGACGCUGCCUCCUGGUUGACCUGGGUGGCCUGGCCGUCUUCAACGUAUACGCUCCUCUUGCGCGCCUGCAAGAAAAUGGAGCUGUCAAUGACGCAGCAGUGCGGCAGAAAAACAAGUUCCUGCACCUUCUACAGGGCCGAAUAGAAGAGACCCGAAGGCUUGGCAAGAAGGUGCUGGUGUGCGGUGAUUUGAACCUGACAUAUCGGGCGGUUGAUGUCGAACCUCGUUGGCUGCGCGUCAAAAUUGAUGAAGGUUGCGUCUGCGGGAGGAAGGCCUGGGCAGUGUCCGACAAGAGCACGAAACCGUCUGCAGGAGGCCCGCACAUACGUGUGGUGGAUGCCGCUGCAGAGUUGAAGGUGCAACUGACUUUGACAGUGGAGACUGCUAAGAGAUGCUUGGAGGUAUUGCGCCCCAGUCCGGAGGGUUUAAGGGUUCCCAGCCCGGUGGUGCCGGAUCUGCCCUUACUUCCUGCAGACCGUAUCCUUAUUGGGAUUACAAAGGUCGAAGAGGAUUCUGAGACGAAGGUCAACAGUAAGAGCAACAGAGAAGUUAGACUCUGGUCCAGUACGACGAGUGCGACUGCUCAAGUUGACGGCACGCCAAUGCAGCUGCUGGCAGGCAGACAGGAUCAGUUGAUAUUGCUCGAGUUUGGCGUGCCCUUCAAGCAGCUUGAGGCUCAGGGCAUACCUGUCCACAAGGCGAGUCUCGGACUUGGUUCAUAG